UCCGGUGGUGAGAGUUCAUCGGCCACUGUCAUGCUGCUUUUACCACUCUUGCUGGUUUUUCCUUCUUUGUUAGGAUUGUUGUUUGCCACACAAAACAGCGCUCUCUAUCGAUAUCCAACAGGCCGUGCUUCGUUUGGUAAAUUCGAGUGCGACCCUUUCUACUUCUCAUGGGCAGAGAAACUUACAUCAUUCAUGGUGGAAGAUAAGUUGGACUGCACUUUCCUUUGUGUUGGUGAACCAAAGUGCUAUUCGUUCAACAUAGCAGUGUAUCCUGACUCCAAAGGUCUUUAUCUGUGUGAGUUAUUGGCCACAGACAAGUACAGAGAGGCUGAAAAGGUUCGUGCAAAUGCUACCUUCCAUCACUGCAGUCCGUUGUCUCAAUGUAAAAGCGCUCCUUGUAAGAACGGUGGUGUCUGUGUUCCUGAAUAUGAAAGGAACUCCUAUCACUGUGAUUGUCAGCCUGGAUACAGUGGAACUCACUGCAAACGUGGAGGAAAUCGAACCUGCAGUGACAUCAAACAAUCCUACCCUGGGACUCCAAGUGACUCUUACGUCAUCGAUCCUGAUGGAGAGGGCGGAGUGAAACCUUUUAAAGUCUAUUGUGACAUGACUAACAAGGGCGGGAUAGGAGUGACAGUUGUCAGUCACGACAGUGAAAGCAGAAUGCUGGUGGAUGGAUUUGGUGGCCGAGGCCUCUAUUCUCGCUCCAUCAACUACACGGAGGCUGAUAUGGCUCAACUUGCGAACCUAACAGCUUCAUCAGCUCACUGUGAGCAGUUUAUAAAGUACGAGUGCUACGACUCAGUGCUCCUCUACAAUGGUAAUAUGUACGGCUGGUGGGUGUCACGUGAUGGAGAGAAGAUGAAGUACUGGGGAGGAGUUGAUUCUGUUGAUUAUAAAUGCGCAUGCGGCUUGAAUAAUACAUGUGCAAACGUUAACUACGGAUGCAACUGCGACAAAAAUGACAACACAUGGCGAGAGGACAGCGGCUUCCUUACAGACAAGACAAAGCUUCCCGUGAAGCAACUGAGGUUUGGAGAUACUUAUCAUCAUUUUGAAAAGGGAUACCACACCCUUGGAAAGCUCAAGUGUUUUGGACUCAUUUAAAAAAAACUGAAAAGUGCACUUUAACUAUAUACCCGCUAUUUGCUGACUCGCCUCAUCUAUCGCUGUAAACUCUAAUGCUUUACAUUUGUAAAAGCGGUUUGCAAAUUUUCGCAAAGGAAAUCGAUGGAUACAUUUGAGUAGGAAAGUGAAAAGAAAACCUAGUUUUAACAUAUAUUGCGUUCUUAAUAAAAUUAAGCAUAACUUUAGGCGUUGAAGGCCCAUUUUUACUGCUUGUAGUUUUGAAACGGAGGUUGUCAAUGGUGUGGA